AUAGCAACCGAGACUGCUGGAGCACUUUCAUAUUUACACUCUGCGGCCUCUGUCCCGAUCAUCCAUCGAGAUAUCAAGCCAACAAAUAUACUUCUAGAUGAUAACUAUAUAGCAAAAGUAUCUGAUUUUGGAGCAUCCAAGCUAAUUCCUACGGAUCAGAUUGAGUUGGCUACAAUAGUCCAAGGAACACUAGGCUACUUAGACCCAGAAUACUUGCAGACGAACCAGCUGACAGAUAAGAGCGAUGUUUAUAGUUUUGGGGUCGUACUAGUAGAACUUCUAAGCGGAAAGAAGGCUCUUAGCUUUGAUAGGCCAGAGAAAGAAAGAAACCUUGCCAUGUAUUUCUUGUCUUCUUUGAAAGAAGGGACACUCUUCCAUGUUCUUGAUGAACACUUGCUGCUAAAUGAAGGUAUUCCAAACGAGAUCAUCAAUGUUUCAAGACUUGCAGAAAGAUGCUUGCGUGUGAAUGGAGAUGAAAGGCCUACCAUGAAGGAAGUGGCAAUGGAGCUGGAAGGAAUAUUGGCAUCGAUGAUACAGAGGCAUCCAUGGGUGCAAACUACUUCAAAGGAAGAAGAAUCUGAGUAUUUGCUUAAACAAGCAAUGGAUGGCUCUGAAUAUACGAAUGCGACCAACACCAGCUCAAUGACCUUCGAUAGCAUCACCAAGCAGACUAUAUUACCCAUGUCUAGUGGUAGAUAAAUUAAGAAAAGACUUGUAUCUAUAUCAUUAAUAAGACUUACCAAUUACCCAUUUAGGGAAC